AGAGACACAGGGAGACACGGGGAGACAGGGAGACACGGGGGAGAGACAGAGAGGAGACACGGUCGGACAGGGAGACGGGGGAGAAGACGAUGACUUGGACGAUCUUCUGGACAGUGCCCUGGAGGACUUUGGGAAGCCGCCUCCCCCCGUGUCACUUCCUGCCACCGAGCCGACCAAUCACGGUGGAGCAGAGGAGGAGACCCGGAGCAGCGAGGAGAAGUGGCUGAUGGAUCUGUUAGGAGGCGUUGGGGAUCUGGGCGACGAUCUGGGCGAGGGAGGUGAUCUCCUGCAGCAGCUCCAGCGACUGGCGACCUCCGCACAGAGAGUGGGCGUGCAUGAUCAAGCUGAACAGGAAUUUGCCUCCUGCCUCCAGGAGACUCUCACUCAGCUCAACCUGGACAACACUGAGGAGGCCGCCGCCCACCCGCCCCUCCCCGCCUCCCUCCUCGCCGCCCUCCAGGGCCUCGGAUUGGACGAGGCCGCGCUGGAGGGCGGGGCCUCGGCGGGGGGCGGGGCCGGUCUCCAUGGCGACGAUGAUGGAGGGGCCGCUGCCAUGGCGAUGCCUCUGAUGCAGGGGGUGAUGAGAAGCCUCGUGUCUAAGGAGGUCCUUUACCCCUCGCUACGGGAGCUUACGGAUAGGUUUCCCGUGUGGCUGGAGACCAACUCACACCGCCUCUCAACCCAAGACCAAUCUCGCUACCAGGACCAGAUCCGAGUGAUGUCACUUUUGUGUCGCGAAUUUGAGACGGAGGAGGAUGGGGGGGAGGGGCCCCUCCCCCCACUCGCCCCCCGGGGGGGAGGGGGAGGCGGGGGAGAUGAGAAGUUCAAUAGAAUUAUGGAGCUGAUGCAGAUGAUGCAAGAGCUUGGACAUCCACCGAAGGAGCUCUGUGGUGAAGGGGUGAGACUCACCAACUCACUCACCAACUCACUCACCAACUCACUCACCAACUCACUCACCAACUCACUCACCAACUCACCAA